AUGUCAAGUGUCACUGCAGGGAACUAGCCAGUUCAAGUAUUAGCUGGUUUGCUGACUUAGCUACGGCAACAGCUAGCUGUUCGCUAUGUCCCGGUUUUGGGCAGUCGGGCGGCCACUCCUCCUUGCGUUAGCUCAUGACAGUAUCAGCGUAACAAAAUUUAACCCUAGCUGACAGACAGUGUUCAUGUUUACUGUGGAUAUUCGCCUUUGCAUUGUAAACAUAGACGAUGUGUUUUCCCUGUCCCUCGCUGCAACAACUAUCAUGUCUUCCGGAAAACUCUGGAAUUUUACCAGGAGCCCAUUAGGCCAGUGUUAGCUUCAGCGGUGAUCGCAAAUAGCGUCACGCUAACGUACUAACGUAGAUUAAGGGAUCUCCUACGCUAGCAAUGGGCCAUUAACGGUAACGUUGCCGUUAAUGGAUUAAAUCUAUCACGCUGGUGAACGGUCAUCUGGCCACAAUCUGAACUGCGUCAGAAUACCUUGCAAAAGAGGUUCAACGUUAAGUUAUGCAAUUUAACGUUAACGGAACGCUAACGUUGUUCCUGGCAGUCCAGAACUGAGAGGAGUUACUCAAUGUUACGUUAAAUUGUUGAACAAGUGGUGAACCCCAUUUCACCAUGUACCUCUGCGACUGAUAUUGAGCUCAAUUUGGUCAUCCCCCUGUCAUCACUACAACUCACAAAUACAAGUUACACGCACUCAGCAAUGGGUACUGAAUAACCCAAGACAAGGCGGGGGAAAACACUGAUCCUUUAUGUAGCCCUCUGCCCCCUCCUCGAGUGAAGCCACCAUCUCCCAUCUGACAUUUUUGCACUCCUGCAACUGUCCCGUCCUGCAUCCGUCAUCAUGCCACUCCUGCUUAGGAUGGCUGCCACCUAGGCCCCCAUGCGUCCCUUAAGUGGCAAGCAUCCACCCCCUCCCAGAAGUUUGUUGAGUCCCACUCUGCCUCCUGCUCUCCUCAGACCUUGCUCAGAGAUGUCUUUGCUGCAGUCGCUGGGGCCAGUGCAGAACUGGCUGGGUCAGGAGCUAGAAAAAUGUGGGAUUGAUGCUGUGAUCUAUACCCGCUAUGUGCUCAGUCUCCUCUUGCAUGACAGUUAUGACUACGACCUGCAAGACCAGGAGAAUGACAUCUUUUUGGGCUGGGAAAAGGGAGCAGGGAAGAAGUGGACCAGGAGUCGGAGGAAGGGGGGGGCGGAUGUGAGUCUGGAGGAGAUGAAGAAACAAGCAGCUGUGCAGUGUCUGCGUUCUGCAUCUGAUGAGAACUCUGGAAUUGAGAGUCUUGUCGAGGAGCUCUGUUCCAGACUAAAGGAAUUGCAAAACAAGCAAAAAGAGCGAGGGCGGCAGACGAGCAAAAAAUCUGAAGGAGUUCUAUCACCAGAACUGGCUGUAUCACCAUCCUUGAAAGACCAACUGGAAAUGUACAAUGAAGCCUUUCCACCACUUUCCGAGAAAUCCGUUUGUCUUCAGGAGAUAAUGACUGUGUGGAACAAGGAUAAAUCCUGCACAUCUUCUUCGGCUGCCCCAAACACCAGCACUGACACCUCUGCACCUAAAGAUUGUUGGAGUGAUGGUGAGGCCUCCAAGGGUGAAACCUCAAAGACCUCUGUCACCAGUACCGCCAUCACAUCAGUAAUUGGAGAAAGGAUUCCACACAGGCGUAACAAGAAAGAGAAAGAGAACAGACAACAUGGAGAAGAGCGAGCCUCUCACAGUAAGAGGCAAGCUCGGAGUUGGUCGGAGGGCAAAUAUCGCCCCCGAUCCUGCUCCUCUGGCUCCAGCGAAGCAGGUUCCAGCUCCAGCAGUAAUCAGGGUGACCCGAAAAGACCUACCAGCAAAACCCUCCAGAUUAGGCAUAAAUCCCGUGAAAGAGGUACAACCAGAAGCAAGAAAAUUCGAAGCCAAGGGCAAGUGAAACUGUCCUUUAAGGCCUUUGACAAGGAAGAGCGGAAAAGUGCUAUGGCAGGUCCUUCCAAGCAGCAGCUACCAAUCUGUCCAAAAAAGGGAAAGAGGUCUCUUAAAGAGAUAAAAAAGGAGGCUUGUGGAAUGGAGUUGAAGGAGACACUAUAUGAUAGGAGAAACAAAAAAGAGUAUGUAGAAGAACCACUAUGGUACACAGAACCCCUGACAGAAUAUUUAGUCCCUGUCAGCUGUAGAAAAAGCAAACUUGAGACAACUUAUAGGAACAACUCUGAAUCUCCUAGUGGAUCUAAUUUGUCUGGAGAUAUGGACAGGUUGACGGAGCGAAUGCAAGGGAUUUGUUUGGCCAGUGCUAACUUCCAGAGGACUUAUCUUGCAGCAGGGACUUUUGUUGAUGGGCACUUUGUUGAAUUGCCAGGUGAGAGCAGUGAGCAACCUGUUGAAUUCAAUAGGACCUCAUUCAGCCCACCACACGAGGAUAGCCGAGAUUUAGAUGAUGAACAUCUGUCUGAAUUCACUGACUUCUAUGAAGUCGAUAUUUAUCCAUCCAUAUUGGAUCCAUGUGCCUCAGACUCAGUCCAAGAGAGUCGAAUCCUAAACAUGAUUCGCCAAAAAAGCAGAGAGCAGAGAGAAUUUGAGGCAGAAUGUUUAGUGUUAGAUGGCCUUCAGCUGCAUGGGAAAAGUGCAAUAAAUACGGAGUCACUGGGAGCAUCUGGAACUGAUGGGUUCCUCUGGAAAGAUUUUGAAAGUAUUGCUCAAGUCUGUGAAUGUUACUCAUCGUCCAGUUCAGAUGAUGUGGAACGAGAAAGUUUUGUUGGGGACUCCCCUGUUCAGCUCUCCCCAGUAUUUGAUAGUACAAUGUUUAAUUUGAGUGAGUUGUCUGAGGAAUGCAAUGCUCCAGAAUCCAGCUGUGAUGGUCCACAUCUGAAUACCAGCUGUUUCUCGCUUUUCGAGCUGCAGUGUGAUAGCCCCACUUGUUUUCCAUGUGACUCUGCUACUGGUUGUCCUGAAAACACCACAACUCCGAAGACAAGUAGCAGUCUCGAUCCACAUGGUGACAACAAGCAGUCUCGUUUGCUCAUUUGGACCAAAAAUAGUGCCUUUGAUGGAACUGAAUAUUGUUCUAAUCUUUCAACACGAACUUGCAGCCCUUGGUCUCACUCAGAGGAGACUCGCUCAGACAAUGAGCAAGUAAAUGUUCCGUCAGAGGAGUUGGCUCAGAUUGCUGGUGAGGAGAUAACAUCUGUAAUACCUUAUAUUCCAGCAACUUAUCUGGAGGAAGAUCUCCUUGAGUUUUUGAAGGAUGCUGAAGUACCACAAGAAAAGGCAACACAUACCGUUUCAAAAACAAUAUCCAAACUGGAAUCAAUUUGUGGUAUACCAUUAGAGACAGAGAGUGAGCAGUAUGACACUGGCAUAUAUGAUGAUGCAAAUCAACAGAACAAAGACUACACCUCAGGGAUAGAUAAGGACAUUUGGACAGCUGUUGGAGAUCCUUCACACAAGGAAGAGGAGAAGCCUCAUUAUCAGGGGCAGUUCUUGGAGGAUGUACGGAACUACCACUGUGGUUGUCAGGACAUGAAGCUGACUGGUGCUGCACAUCUACAGACUGCACAGAAGAAAGCAGUGCAGUGUUCGGUGUAUCACCUGUGGGAAGAGGAAGCAGAAGGUCAAGAAUUGGCUAAAAAUAAGCUGUCCAAAACAGAUAGUGGUGACUAUAUGACCCCUUUGAAGCCCUGGGACACGAGUUCAGACAAAGACAGCACAUCAUUUAUCCUGGGGGGAGUGUAUGGUGAACUCAGGUCUUUUGGAGGUGACCAUGACUGGGCUGCUGUUCCAUCAGGCAAUGCCCAAGGCCUGCUGCAGUGUGCUGCUGCUGCAGCCUCAGACGUUGUGACUAUUGCAGGCACUGAUGUGUUCAUGAAUGCAGGAAACUGCUUUGCACCUGGUCACAAGCCGCUAUGGAGACCGCUGGUCUCCUUUGGUCAGAAUGAGCAUGCGGUAAAAAGAGAAAGAUUGACCAAGGGGUUUUCUUUUAUCUUCCAUGAAGAUUUAAUUGGAACCUGUUCAGGUCUCUAUAGGGAUGAACCAGACCAGGAUUACUCAUUCUCAUCAUUUGACCUGAACAAUCCUUUAUCUCAAGUACUCCACGUGGAGUGCUGUUUUGAGCCCAACGAAAUGACAUCGUUAAGCCCAGGCUUCAAACCGAAGUCAAUUCUUUGCUCAGACUCAGAGAAUGACAUCUUCUCUUCCCGGCUGUAUGGCAUUAAUCAGACUCAGUACCGCGCCAUACGCAUAUCCCCAAGGACUCACUUUCGACCAAUUUCCACUUCAGAAUUGUCUCCUGGUGGAGGCAGUGAGUCCGAUAUAGAGUCUGAAAAAGAUGAGCAUAGUCUUCCUACUCUGGUUCAGGCCAAUGUGUUUGAUGACCCACAGGCAGACCUCAAACCCCUAGAGGAGGAUGCUGAGUGUGAAGGACCUUAUUACGGAAAGUCGGAACUAGAAUCUGGGAAAUUUUUGCCCAGGUUAAAAAAAUCUGGUAUGGAAAAGAGUGCCCAGACUUCAUUAGAUUCGCAGGAGGGGUCCGGUGCACUUUUGUCGGUACCUGAGCAAAAUUAUGCUGACAGUCACCUGGUGUCUGCAGCAACUAUAGCACCCAUGACGGUGGAGGCACCAGCACAACUGUCCUCCAGUGAUCAAGGUCAUAAGGAGGAGCCCUGCGAUAGUGGAGAGGCAUUUGGAUAUUCAGCCGGUGGCCUUGUGCUUCCCCACGAAGGCGGGACAACAUUUGACCUUGAAAUGUUGCAUGAGCAGUCAUAUAAUUUGAAUGACACGGAUGAUGAGAGGAAUGAUUCACAGCAGGAUGAUUGCUUGUGGCAGAGUUCUCUCAUAUCCCCUCUAUUCUCUGGGUCACAGUGCACAGCAGGUAGCAGCAGCAUGUGACGAACCAACUUCAGUGUGAAAAACUGCUGGAGUGAAGACAAGACUGAAUCCUCUCAUGUCUCCACAUCAUAUUUGUCCUUUAACUCUGUUCACACAACCUCACUGACCUUGUGUGUUUGACAACAUAAAAAAAGAAACUUAGUAGAAAAAGGAAUUUGUAAGAUAUAUCUUUUGAUGGAGUUAUAUGGGGCAUUUAUUUAGUGUUUGUUCAUAGUUCGUUUCGGUGAAAUAGUCCACUUUGACCAGAACGUCAAAGCAUUACGGGCAGUCUGAUGAGACUUUACAACAUCAUACAUUUUUUCCUCAAAAGUCUCUUAUGGUUUUGAAAACUAGAAAGCUGUUAAUCAUUUAAGGUUUUGUGCAUGUUCUUCAGACAUUUGCCCUCCCUUCCAAAAUCCCCAAUUUGCCACUACAGUUUAACAAGUUAUCCUCUUUUGCUCUUUUUGAAGAUUUGAGGGCAUGGACAUUUCAUGCACAAAUUGCUGUUGAUUCUAGUCAAUGCCCUUUUUUGCUCUGGUGGCAUAGAGUGUGUGCAACUUCCCUUACAUGUGCAAGCUUUUUUUUUUUUUUUUUUUAACAAAUGUGUAAUUAUUAUUUUUGUGAUGCUCUUUUUUCCUCUUAAAUUAAUAAUAAUACAAAAAUAGGUCUAAAUUUAUGGGAAACAAAUGACUAACAAUAAGUUACAGAAAAAAAAAAGUUGUGGAAAAAAAACUAUUUCCUUUAAGAAUGGGUACUUGUGAAUUAUUUUUUACAAAGAAAAAAAAUGGUCUAAAUAAAAAUUAUUUUUAAGAUCAUACACUAGAUAGAUUUGGUGUUGCAGAGCUUAUUUUUAAGUUGAUUCCUGAGUUUGAGGAAUAUUUAAAACACUAAAAAAAUGGUUUGUUUUAAGCCCAUAGACCCCCCCCCCCCCCCCCCCCCCCCCACACACACACACACACACACAGACACAAACACCCCCCACACCAACAUUCAAAUGCAUGAAUAUACACACACCAGGAUUGAUGCAAUUGGACAAUAAAUUAAAGGAUAAAGUAGACAAAUUAAAAUAUUUGCUUUUUUUGUUUAACCUCUAUGUUUUCUGAGACAGAUUAUAAUUGAGAAUACACACUCAUGCUGAAUAUUAUAGGUUGCGGGUAGUCUCAAAAUGUUGUUGACAUAUGCAAAACAUCAAAUGUAGCACAUAUGCAAAGUUGUUAGGUGAUGAACUUGGGCCUUAAAAUGAUUACAUGUUGGGGGUGUUAGUAAUGUUACUGCAUGUAGUUUAAGCUGGAUACUUUUCUUCCCUGCCGUUCCAUUCAUCUGCCCCCCCUUCCCUUACCCCCCUUAACAUAUCUGCUUCACAAAUACAGCAUAAUUUUUCUUUAGCACUUCUGCAGAAACCUUUCAGUUUUCAGUAGAUUGGUGUGCAGGGCAUGUUGUGAUGCUAUCAGAUACCAUGAAACAUGCAACAGUUACCCUUUGUGUGUGUGUGUGUGUGUGUGUGUGUGUGUGUGUGUGUGUGUGUGUGUGCGAGUGUGUCGACAUUAAAGUAUGUAAAGUUCCAAUGUAGUGCAGAGUUCUUUGAGAAACGGGAUAUUUAUACAACAGGCCUUCAUCAGCUGUGCAAGCAAAGGGCUUCUGAGUCAAUGUUGGGUUGGGUUGCAUUGUUCGCAUUGCAUGUAGCUAGGUCUCACUCUUAUUCCCUGUUUUUGAAUCCAUGUAAAACAUUAAUUCUGCCAAAUUUAUUUGCGUUCAAUACUUUACAGAGCGUAAAUUGGCUUGUGCAUUUUUUUUUCUCGACCCAUUUGUAAUUAUUUUCCGCGGACGUUGUAAUGUGAUAACAAGAAACAUGCAACUUAAUUUCCAUAAUUAUUUGUGUGUCAAUGCCCCAUUGUCAUUGUAACUUUAUCUAAGAAGUGGUUGCUUGCACAGUUCAUGAAAGACUCCCUAUGGUAGAAUAUAGACCUACAUACAUAAAUAUGUAGUAAUCAGUUGCAUCAUAUGGAUUCUCAGGAAACAAAAAAAACCCCUAUGAUUGCCACAUGUCCAAAAAUAUAAAAGAUAAAAAAAAAAAAAAACCUUUCAGUUUGUUGGAUGAAAAUAGUGUUUCUCCAUACAGUAGUAUUACAGAACAUUAUUAAGGUACGUCAUUUAAUCAUGAUUGAAUUUCAGAAAAUCUAAAUCAACCCUUUUAAACUUUUGUUUUGUCUCACAUGGUAUGUAAUAGUUUUAGGAACAGGUUUUCUCCUGAGAAAAGAAUAAUAAAAUACAUUCACAUGUAGAUUUCAUUGAAAUGUGAAAUACUGCAGUGCAAAGUAUCCUUCAUUUUAUUUUAUUUUAUUUUAUUUUAUUUUGGUGUGUGUAUUUAUGUGUGAGGAGUGUUCAGACAGCCCUGGCACAAAAAAAAAGAUUUUCUUUUUUUAAAAAAAAAGUGAAAUAAUAACAACAUUAGGGUAAAUAAAUAAUUUUUAAAAAACAUGCCUCGGAAACAACAGGGGUCUUUUUGUCCAUUCUGUUAAGAUAUGAGCUUUCUGUCCUCUUGUGUUCACCAAGAUUAUCCACUCCAUACAUCCCAGGAUGUAAUCUUUAUAAUUUAAUGUAUAUCCUUUGUUUCAUUGUGGAGUUUCUUGACAUAUAAUAAAGGAUCAAACAGUGCUACCCUAA